AUGGUGACGCCAAAUUUUCUCUCACACCUGGCUCAGGUGGAUGUGUGCGAUGUACAGUACAACAUACGUGUCCUGAAGAUGAAAGACUCAGUGUUCAUUUACGUUGGCCAGGAUAAGGCUGAAACAUUCGACGAAAUGGCAGUGGCCAUGCCAAGCGCACACAAUAGCGCCGAAGUGCUAGGCACAACGAUAAUCGGCCCGCCCGAUGGCAGUGGCUCGCAAGAUCUAGCCCAGAGACUUGCAAAGAAGUUGAAGAAACAGGUGUACCUGAGCCUUGGCACGUCCGUCCCGAACGAUCGUAUCGUGCGGCCAUCGAUCGAGAAAAAGAUAUUCGACGAUAUAAAAAACAAUAUCGAGUGCUUUUGAAGCAAACAGGAGAGAGAUGUCACAAUGGAUUUUGAAAAGAGAGCUACGAAUACCCAUUACCUCGUCGGAGAGGGACCGCUUUUUACGU